AGAAGGACGUGGGAAAAUCCCAAAAAAUAGAUUUCGCGCUGGAAAAAGGCCUUUUCUCUGAUUGGAACUCCGGCUUGCUUUCCUUUCCUCCAACCACGCCCAAAGUCAAAUUUACUAUGCAAUCCCAGGAGACUACCAACACUGAAUGCAAAAUCGUUUCCUCUUCUCCUUCUCUUCCUCCUUCUUCUUCUCCAUUUCCUUCAAUUUCAGAGUGGGAUCAACCGUUAACAGACGAAGAGCUCCAAGCAAUUGACGCCAUAGAAGCGUCAUUUCAACGGCCCGCAUUAACGACUACUACUCCUUCCUCUUCCGCAAUCAGGAAACGACAAUCAACUCUCCAAAACGACCAUAAUCUUCAGAAAACUCGUCGCCAGUUGCCUAAUUCAGUUUUGGGCCUUUCUAGACCGUUUUCACUAUCUCCUUGUCAAGCAAACAUAAAGAUGAGAUAUCCGUCAAUGAAGUUUGGAGGUCGCAUCUUAUAUAGCAGAACUCCGAUGGAUGUAGAGGAAGCUGCUAAUGAGCUUUUAUUUAGUCUAGAAGCUAAAAGAGGAGAAACAGAUCAAGUUGCCAUUGGACUUGAUAUUGAGUGGAGACCGACAUUCAGAAGAGGUGUUUUGCCCGGAAAGGCUGCAGUUUUGCAGUUAUGCAGUGGUACUGAUGAUUGUUAUGUGAUGCAUAUUAUUCAUUCUGGAAUCACAAAGACUCUGCAGUUUCUUCUGGAGGAUGCUACACUUCUAAAAGUUGGAGUUGGCAUUCGUGGUGAUUCUGCUAAGAUUUUUAAAGACUAUAAUAUAUCUACCAAAGCAGUGGAGGACCUUUCCUAUGUGGCAAAUAAAAAACUUGGUGGGGAACCCAAAAAUUGGAGUCUCCAAUCUCUAACUGAGAAGCUUGUCUGCAAAGAGCUUCAGAAACCCAACAAAAUUAGACUGGGAAACUGGGAAGUAGAUGUUUUAUCGAAGGAGCAACUACAGUAUGCUGCCACAGAUGCUUUUGCUUCUUGGCAGCUUUGCCAGGUGUUAAAGAGUCUCCCAGAUGCGAAGGUUGCAGCUGAUGAAAAAAGUUGGGAACGGAAAGCUGUGGCACAAUAACGAGGGAACUUUUGGGACCAAAAAUCAAAGAUGGCAUAUUGAAUGCCACCGACACCUAAACAUGCAGGGAUUCAAAUUGCAUAUUGUUUAAAGCUCAUCAUUGGUACGUACUCUAUUUGUCUCUUGCACUUUGUUUUUUCGGUUGCAGCUUCUUGUAAAUGGUUAUUCAUCUUUUAUGAAAUUUCUUUCAUUUAUUGAAGAAAAAAAAAAUACUGACAGAUGGCCAUUUGAUCAUAUGCACUGCAUGCAAUUAUAAAAGUAUCAUUU